ACUCAAAUUAAAGCUAUUGAGUUAUAUAUAUUGUAUUGCUCUGCUUCCUAAAAUUGAACUUCUAUUAUUCUUCCAUUAAUGUUAUACAUUUUUUCUUGAAUAAAAGUAAGAUAUAUAAUAUCUGAAUAUGGCAAAGGGAAAUGUUACUGCGAAUUCUCCUCUUGAGAGGGCCAGCUUGGCUUCUCUGGAUCAGAAGCUAGCCAUGGCAAAGCGUUGUUCUCGUGAGGGAGUGAUGGCUGGAGCUAAGGCAGCUGUUGUUGCCGGCAUUGCCACUGCCAUUCCAACACUGGCUAGUGUAAGGAUGGUGCCAUGGGCAAAAGCAAAUCUGAAUCACACUGCUCAAGCUUUGAUAAUCUCAACCGUGGCUGGAGCAGCAUACUUCAUAGUGGCUGACAAAACCGUUUUGGCAACUGCUAGAAACAACUCCUUCAACCAACAACCCUCCAAUAAUCCAUGAACUCUGUUAUCUAUCAAACUAAAAAUAUAUAUGCAUGUAUUCAUAAAUAAAGAAAUAGUUCAAUUUGCAUUUCAGAUAUAUAUGUACUACUGAUCUGAUGAUGCAUGAAUGGAUUGAUGGUUAUCUUUGA